GCAGGGGGCGCACCGAUGAAAUAGGUGGCAAGGAUCUUAAUCAUCGGGAAAGGAGGCGUUUGAUUUUUUUUCUGGGUAAUUAAAGUUUCCGGUAAAAUGGAAGAGUACGAAGCUUUCGAAGCCAAUUUCAACAACGUCGGAGAAGAGGAAGAAGAUCCUGCGGCGGAGUUUCUGGCCAGAGAACAAACCGAAUUGGCCGGGUUGGAGGAUGAUAACUUUGACGUUUCCGAAAAUCGAGGCCUAGCCGCUACCGAAUCUGCAAAUGAUAUAUUCCCAGAAUCUCAGAUGAAUGGAAAUUUGGAAGCUCCACUGCCAGCAUCUAUGACAGUGUUACAGAAUAAGUCGUCUGUAUUUAGAGAGGAGCCAGAAAAAAUUCGUAAAUGGCGUGAGAGCCAACAAGAGAUGCUACAAAAGAAAGAUAGCGAAGAGGAACUGAAGAAAGCAGAAUUGAGAGAAACUGCUAAUAAAGAAAUCGAAGAAUGGUAUGCUCGAUACAAAGAGCAAGUUGAAAAGGCCAAAUUAAAUAAUAGAGAAGCAUCAAAGAAUGCAGAAAAAGAAUGGAUAGAAGAAAGAGACGCCGGUACUCCGGGACAAGACUGGGAGAGAAUUGCCCGUCUUUGCGAUUUCAACCCCAAAUCCUCGCGUUCCACCAGAGACACAUCGCGUAUGCGUUCUAUUAUAUUGCAAUUGAAACAGUCUCCGCCCAUUCAGCGGGCUUAAAAUUGUUAUCGAGAAUUAGUUUCGUUGCCAAUUCUCGAUAAGACGACGUAUAAGUUUAGACUAUCGUUUAAUUAUAUAUCUAAAAAAUAGUGUUGUGUAUAAUUAUAUUAAGUUUCAGUUUUUCAUAUUAUUAAAGAAUCAUUAAUAAAAGGAAAAAUAAGCAAAAAAAAUGAAGAGAUUUUGACUUUUGUUAGAGGUUCUAAUAAUGUCGUGAAAAAUAAACUGGAAAUCAAAAUAUUGAUGGAAAAACCAUUAUAAAUAAACAAAAUUUGUCUCGAU